GGGCAGUGGUGGCUUAAGGAAAGAACAGAUUCCUUCCUCUGUAAUCAUUUCUGCUAAUAGAACACCUGACACAAGUACAGGAUUUGUGUGUGCUUGUUUUAAUCUCCCAUUUGGGGACAAAACCUGGACCUUCCAUUAGAAUUUCUAAGGUUAAGGCUCAUCUCCAUUUCGACAUCACCUCAAUGGCCGAUAUGAAUGGAACACAGUUUCCUGCAGUGAACCAGCUUCAAACUAGCCCCAACAGCUCCAGCAGCUCUUGGCAGGCGGAGGCAGUCAGGGGAGUCCAAAUCACAGUCACUCUGCUCAUUUUCCUGGUGGGUGUACCUCUGAAUGGGCUGGUGGUUUGGGCACUUGGACUGCGGAGUCAUCGUCACCUGGUGCGCAGAGGCAGCAGCGAGGAGACGCGUGCUGCCAGCAGUUUCCGUAUUUACGUCCUGAACUUGGCCCUGGCUGACCUGGUGCUGCUCCUGCGCACCCCCCUCAUGUUGGGCUAUGUGGCUCACAACUACAGCUGGCCGUUUGGUCCUGUCUUCUGCAAACUGGUCAUGUUCCUGCGAGGCCUGGGGUUAUACGCCUCCGCUUUCCUGCUCUGUGCUGUGGCCCUGGAGAGAUGCCUCUGCCUGCUGAGGCCCGUGUGGGCUCGACUGAGACGCCCCUCGUGGGCCGUUCCUCUGGCCUGUGGCAUCUUAUGGCUGAUAGCCACGACCUUGUCUGCCCCAUACCUCCACAGUGCUUUCCUGAUGGAAAUCAACGGGACAUACCAGUGCUUCGAGAGUGGGAAGUUUAACAUGGCGCUGUUUGUCACAGAAACAAUAGCAGGUUUCAUCUUGCCCCUGCUGGUAUUCUUGGGAAGUAACCUGGCUGUUUUGCUUACCGUUCAGCAAGCAAUGCCCACAUCACCCACCUCCUCGUCGCUUUCAACUGCCCGGAGGAUGACCAGAAUGUACCAUGUGCUCUUUUUCACCAUGCUCCUCUUCCUCACUUGCUGGGUGCCUUAUUUUGUUUGUCGGUUCCUGCGGGCCUUGGCCGAGGAACAUCCUAAACAGAAGGCAUUGUAUAUCAAAGCAGUUUAUAUAUCUUUGUUCCUGGUGUACAUUAAGAGUGCUCUUAACCCUGUACUGUAUGUGUUUGCUGCCCGAGGCUUAGGCCGUGCCAUCAGAGCUUCAGUGGUCUCCACUAUUGAACGACUUUUCAAUGAUGACUCCACAGAGUCCAUAAGACGGAAGUCACUUAAAAACUCACUUAAGAACUCGCAGAUGUAACUGACUAGUUUUCAAAGUUAAAAAAAUAAAAAGGACCGAAAAUGUGUUAAAUAUUACUUUUAGCUUUCAAUUUUCCAUUUGUGGAAAUUGCUCAUACUCCUAAAAAAAAAAAAGUGAGCUGUGUAAAUAAAACAAAGAGAUUUAAGGGGUUGAAUUAAUGUAAAACAAAGCAUGUGUUUUAGGCCAGUGUUUUAUCGGGUCUGAAAACCACAGCAAAUGGAUAAAUAGGUAGAAAUUAUUAUUACAUUUGUAGGGAUGUGUAGAGAUGCAAUCCUUGUGAUUUGAGUUUCUGAAAGGACAUUCCCUCUAAUGAGAAAUGGUACCAGAAACUGUGAGAAAGACGGCUCAACUCCCAUGACACUCCCAAGUCACAACACAACAGUGAAGAUGGCAGAUGGAAAAACUCGCAUCGCAUCAAACACUGAACCAAGCUGGGUUUCUCUCCUCUCAGCUAAAAACAAGAAGAUAUAUGGACACAAGUUUCCUCAGUAAAACUGGAUGACUGAAGACUCCAGAAAUGCUGUUUCGUUCUGGCAUGCUGAAGGCAGGAUCAAAAUUGGGCAUAAAAAUUAAUUCAUGAAUCAUCUUGUCUGUUUGUCAGUGGGCAGGAAACACCUUUAUGGGUAAUACCAAGCCAAAGUCAACACAGCAUCAUUUGAAUACCACAGUUUGCCGGCCCCAGCGUAACCUUUGUUAAAUGGAUUCCUCCAAGAUAAGGCACUCUAAAGCUCGUUUAUUGGCACAAGGAAUGUGAUACCGAUUUUACCUUAUCGGUAUAAACAGUGACUCAGAUCCAUCACCCUGUUAAACUCAAGAUGUCCAGGGGUGUAUUCCAGAAAGCGGGAUUAGCAAAAAUUUGUUUGUUACCCCUGAGAUAAGGGUUAUCAUGGUAACUGACUCUGUGAAUCUAACCUGCUCGUAGGCAGGUUAGAUUCAUAGAGAGAGGUUUUACCAAUUCUGAAUUUCUCUCUGAUCACAUCUGUAUAAAGCUUUAGACACACGACACUGAACAUUCCUAUACAACAUUUCCUGUAUAUAUAUUAUCAUAAGAAAAUUCAAUGCUGAAUGAGUAGACUACGCCAAAUAAAAUGUUAUAGUGUUAACUUAUUAACUCCUUUCUCCACUCAUAUUUGCAGUCCACUGUAUUAAAAUAGAGUCUCUGCUCUUUAUUUACCUGUUUCAAUGGUGAAUCAUAGUAUUGGAACUCUAUUGAUGAUUGCAUUUUUAUUCCUCAAAACUGUGUGAACAUACUCCGAGGUGAUUGAACCAACUCAGACCAGGAAUCAAAAACUCAAAGGUUUCCCAUCUAAGGGUUCAUCAACUCAGAACUCAGGAGUAAAACUGCUUUAGGAAACCGGCACCAGAUUAAAACAUGUCCUAUCUAUCUCGUAUCUGUAACUGUACCUCAUAAACCAAUGAAUGUCUGCAUGUCUAUAGGCUGUAAGAGGAUUGAAGCACAACAUGCUAAGUAGGAAGUAAAUAUGUUUCAAGAUCAUUAUCUUGCUGUGAAUGUACCACUCUUCAUAUAUGCAAAGAAGCUUUACUAUUGUUUGUUGUUCAUAAAAGCACAACAAUUCUGCCAUUGUUGACAAAAUGGAUAAGACUGUAAUUAAUGGUGAACAUAAUGAAAUUUUAUUUCUUUACUUUCUACAUUAAAACAUGAAUGAACAAAAGUUAA